GGUGUCAGCCAUUGCUUGCAAAAACGUCAUUUCAGAAUUUUAUUCAAGUUUCGGCUGUGUUUUUUUCUGAUUUCGCGGAAAACGUGCGAUAUUUACAGACCGCAGUAAACCUGCUGUCUGAAAAGAAAUGUUUCCCAUAUAAUGGAAGAUAAAAUACAAAAACAAAUCGUCGAUUAUUUUUCAUUUUUUGAAGAAUUCUACAAUACCUCAAAAGCGUGUUUGAAAAAUUGCCAGGACUGCGCAAUAUCUAUAAAUAAACUAAUAAAACGCUGCAGAAACGUGCAAGAAGCCGAGCUAUCCAAAACACCUUUACAUGAAUUUGAAGAUCUGCAGCCCAGACUAUCUCUUUUAUUACAUAACAGAAUAUCUGAAGACAUUCUUGAGAUUAGGUGUGAACUAUCAAAGGUGGAAGAUUUGUUCGAUAAACUCUCAGUCAAACACGGUGCACUAUUAGAAAGUUGUAAAGCUAUUGACUUAGACACGACCACUUUAUUAGUGAAAGGAACACCUCUACAACCACCGCUGAAACAGAUCCUAGAGUUCGUCGAAGACACAUUAACGUUUGGAGGAGAAAUUUGUGCUCAAAUCGACACAGCUCUAAAUGUGUUAACUUACAAAGGCUUGAAGGCUGACUCUUUAGUAGAAAACUUCAAAAUCACUACACGCUGGCAACAGCGCAUCUCUGAAAUAAUAUCUUACACAUCAUUCUGCUCUGAAAACCAAAUAUAAACAUGGAUCUCCUAGAUUCAAUCCUUGGCUCCAUGCAAGCACCGCCAGCAGCUAGCGAAGCUCAGAAAAAUGCCAUGAAAAAGCAAAAAGAAGCCAUGGAACGAAAGAAAAAGGAAGAAAAAAACAUGGUUAAUAAAUUCCGUAAGAGAGUUGAAGAGAAAGUAAUUAAUUUCAUAAAGGACGGCUCAAAGACAUAUGUUCAGUUUGAGCCUAUGGAACAGAUGUACCGCGCAAUUAUCAGAGAGGUUGCUGAAACUGCCGGAUUACAGGUGUUCUCGUUUGGCCAGGAAGGCAUCGAUCGAUAUGCUGUAGUGUAUACCAAAGAGAAGGGACCAUCUCAAGAUGAAUUGACUGUACGAAGAGCCGGUGGCAUUUGGGAUGAGGAAAAGGCAGCUGAAAUGGCUCAAAAGCAUUUAGAAAUGCAGAAACAAGCUGCUUUGGAGUCUGAGGAAGACAAAAAUAGAAAACGUAAACAUGGAAAGGACACUGAACUCAGCGGUACUUAUUAUAAAGAAAAGUAUGCUCACCUCAUUGGUCACGAUGCAGCUGUGCAAGCCGCACAAAAGACUAACAUGAAUAAAAGUUACGGAGAAGUUCCAAGUGAGAAUAAAAAAGAUCAGCGCUCUAUAGAACAGACCAUGGCCGAUAUAAAAGCUAAGAAGAUGAAGAAAGCGGAAAACGACAAAGGUAUUUUAGAGAAUGUUGAUACUUAGCUAUUUACUAUUUACAUUUCUUUUUGAUAGCAUUACUUUAGUUGAAUUUUUGCGGUGACGUUGGUCAUUUAAAUAAGCAAUAUGAGCAGUUUUUAUUAAAAUAUGUUUUGACAUUACUUCCUAUUAAUAAUGUGUCGCAACUUGACUUUCCUAGCUCAUGGUACGCAAGUUUAGCAUGAGUAAGUACGCUUACAGUGGUCAAUUUACAUUGAACUGGAAUGUCACACUUGCGUACUCUUAUUAGGCCUAAUAUCCACUAUUUUAGUGUAAAAGCAAUAUCUUCCAUAGUAAGUAAGAUAUUGAAUUUGAAAAACUUUCUUUCAACUUUCAAUCCAAUUUUUUGUAUUAUGUUAUCACUUAAAAUGGUGCCUUUACUUGGCUACAAACUAAAGAUUAAACGUUACUAAUGUUUUUGUCUGAAGUCCAUUCUUUGUGGUUUUUUUCAACGUAAAAUAAGCAGGGAACCAAUCCCAAAGAAAAUGCGUAUUGCAUAUUGUACCUUAUUAUUUUAGCUCUAAGCCUUAUUAUGUUAUAAAUAUGAAAAGCACAGACAAGUUGUGCUUUCAGUUGUUUUUUAUUACUUAGCAUUCUUUAUGCCUAUGGAUUUAGUUCAAGGAGUGUUUUACACACGUAAUGUAACAUUCAAUACUAAAACUUUGAUAAAACAUGUGUGACAAAAAAUCUAUAGGCAUCAGAACCCUAGCAGUACUGUAAUGUGAACUUGAUUAAUUUGUCACUACUUUACAAUACUUUAUACUCACGACGAAUAGUCACGUUCUUUGCCCGUCUACUUGUAUUUUUAAGGAUUGCUUAAUUUAAUUAUACUUAGCAAAAAUAUUUUUAGAGAAAAAUGUGUAAAUUAUUAACGCAUACCGAGAAUGUAUUUAAAAGCCUAACUACUUAAUACAAUAUCCUUCCUAUAAAGCCAUAGUAUAAAAUUAGUACAAUAACGUAACCUGUUAAAAAAGUGUUAAUGAAUUAUGUUACUUAACAUAUUUAUAGCAGACAGAAUUUAUUUUUGUACCAGCAACGUGUUAAUAAGACUGGAAUUUCGUUUAGAUCGCGUAGGUAGAUAGUUUAAUUAAAUAAAGUGUCUCAGAAAUAA